ACGGGACGAGACUGGACCACUACCACCAGGCAUCACAAGCAGCACCCACAAUCACCGCAAUCGCGGGCCUGGAGCCGUUUUUCACAGCAAUUCAUCGCUACGGUUACUGGCUUCAUUGCUCGUUAGCUUACACUUCCCUGGUUCUGAGGCCAUCGGUCAAGCUUUUGCUUAUCAAAGGACACUCCUGACGAGACAACGAGGGUUUGCAAGCCUAAUUAUGUCUCAUGACGUAAUUGCUGGUAGAUUCUAGGCCAGAGGUUUAUAACAUGAGUCCCUGGCUUUGACAUGCGUCAGGGCGCUGUAGGUCGCUAGUUCUCCGCAGUUGUGCGUUGGCCUGAUGGCUGGUAGAUUAGCAGGCGCUAUGGCUCUGUAACUGACUGCUCGAAUUUUCCAUAGAAAACUGUCAUCAUAUGGCGUGAUGACUGGUAGUAGUUUUUCCGGCGCUAUGAAGCAGCGGCGGGGGUCAGGAGAUCACCUGCAGCAGCGGCGGCGGAGGCUGCACGGGAAGAAGCACGCGCACCUGCGGGACAAUCUCCUCCUCUCCGCGCUCUUGCUCUGCGCGGUCGCCCUGCGCCUGGUGCUCCUCGCGCGGGAAUUCCGCCAGGCGCACGAUUCCGCGGAGUCUGGGGGAAGUUCCCCCACCUGGUGGCCUUUUUGGAGUCGUUUCGCUAGCGGAGCUGCUUAUAGUGAAUCGACGGAUUCAAGUGCGAACGGCCUCUGCUCGGCAUCGGAUACUGACGGGUUCGAAAAGUCGAAUGUGCAGGCGACUGGGGUCUGGUCGGAGAUCAGAAGCGCAUGCUCCGGGAUUCGAACUGACGACCUUUCGUUUUCCAACAUCCACCUGCACAACGUGGCUAUAGCAGGCACGGAGAUUCACUUUUAUGGUAUCAACGAGGCUCGGUGGCGUCCGAACCUGGAGCGCAGGCUCGUGCCGUACCGGCACCUGGUGGAAUGGGGAGAGAAGCAAAGUCCUAAUUGGACGUUAGUGUUCCAUAACAGCUCACUGGAUGUUAAACGGAGCUGCCAGCAGCGGGUUGAUGCUCCCACUGAGCAGUGCUCGUGAGUCUGUGGCACGUGGACAACGCCUUUCACCUGCUCAACAACAACCUGCUCCCAGCCAUGCUCCACCUCCUCGAGAUGGGCGCCCUGCCCCUUCCACCAGCGCUAGGGGGGGUGAUUGGUGAUACUGCCGACCAGCUGACUGCAGCUGGUAGCAACAGUGGAGCCAGAAAGGGAGUUAGCCGCAACAGCAGCAGCAGCAGCAGCAGCAGCAGCAGCAGCAGCAGCAGCAGCAGCAGCAGCAGCAGCAGCAGCAGCAGCAGCAGCAGCAGCAGCAGCAGCAGCAGUAGCAGCGCACGUGACAGCAGGGGUGGUGGGAGAAGCACUGGCAUUGGGCGGAACAGAAAAGGCCUGAGUGGCUGGCAUGUGCCGUCGUCUCUUGCUACGUCUGCCAAUCGCUUCUUACAGCGCGUGCAAGAGAGGCUUGCAGAGGCGAUGGAGAGACACACAAGGCAGGGAGGAGGGCGGGAAGGAGCGCACAGAAGUGGCAGCAUGGGGGGGCAUCUGGAUGGGCAGGAUAGAGGGACCAGCGGGCUGGGGUUAUUGGAGGGAAGGGAAGAAGGGGCGGAAUGGGGGCAAGACGAGGAGCAAGAGUUGCGUGUGUGCAUGCUGUUUUACCUCGGGGAUGAGAGGCUCAACCGGUAUCCCACGUCUGCUGUGGCGAUUCUAUGGAGAAUCUUCCAAUGCAGGAUCCGGCUGAGCGAUUCCCAGGGCUUGAGUCGGCGAAUCUGCUUCCGCCACCUGGCAUACGGUCAGCAUGCAGCCUUCCCGUUUUACGAUAGUUCAUCCUCUCUCCCUGGGUUUGACAGGUUCACUGCUGUCAUUGCAGCGUAUCGCUCCCUCGCCUUUUCCCUCUUCAACAUUUUUCCAGCUGCCCAAGCUGUGGUUUUGGGUCCUCUCAGCCAAUCGCAUUUCAGCAAAAGUGCCCCAAGAAGGACCUUGGAGUCUCCAUCUGAUGGCCCGUCUGAUGGCCCUUUGAUGGCCAAGAAAUAUAGCUUGGCAGUUCAAGGGCCAAAGAUGGUGUCAGCGGGAGAGAAGGGAGGAGCAGCAGAAAGUCUGGGGCGAGUGGAUGGGAGUUUUCCAGAGAUAGCAGAUGCAGAGAACGUCAGUAGAAUGCACGUGUCAGAGCAGCACCACCAGCAGCAUCACCAGCAGCAAUGGCAGCAGCGGCAGCUGCAGCUGCAGCAGCAGCAGCAGGCCUCUCUGCCUGUCCCUGGCAGCUUCUCCAACGGGCCCAUAGUGGUGUACUUCCCUCGCAGCUCUGCUUUCAGCGACGACCGUUACGUCACGUUCAUCGACCCGUGGGUCGAAGCCAUGGGUCACAAGGGCUUUCAUUGCAUCGUGCCCUGCUGUGACUUCAACCACGAGCCCAUUGAGAAACACUUGGCACUCUUCUCCUCGGCUCAUAUAAUGGUGGGCCUGCAUGGCGCAGGGCUCACCAACGCCUUAUACAUGUCGCCGGGGCGGCUACUAGUGGAGUGGCAGGAUGAGUUUGCGCUGGGCACUGGGGGUAAGGAUCGGGAGAUGUUGUUUCAUUGGGUGGCGAAGCACUCAGGGUUGAGGUAUAUGGUGGAGGAUGUGAGGCCGCUGCAUGUGACUGGGCAUGGUAUCGUCAUGAAUAGGGAUUGGGCGACUCGUUCUGCUGCACGUAUUGCAGGAGAAUGGCAUGGUCUGCUGUUGAAGGUGUGACGUGCAGAACAGGGCUGACGUUUCAAAAAAAGGCACUCUGAGCUGACCCCCCCCAAAAAAAAAAUAGUCUGAAUGGCCUUCAGCCAGAAUUUAGGGACUCUGAAAUGUCAGAGUCCACAGAUGUGCAACUCUGAAAUUCUCAGGAUCGCGCAAGUGUACUCAGGGUUACAUUUUAUGUUAUUAAGAAAAGCUAUUCUUGUGU